AUGGCGCAACCACAGGCGGAGGGGGCAGAGGCCACGCCUCCGACAAGAAAAGAGGAUACAGAGCACACCGAGUCCAAGGCGGAGGCUGGACCGUGCAAACGGCAAUGGAGAGGAUCCAACACGACCCUACAGAGAUGGGAGGGGAAGGUGUUGCGAAAGCGGAGCCGCCAGUCUAGGCGCCCGGAUCGUUCCCCUCCACAGCCCCUUUUCUCAGGGGAUGAGGAGCCGCUAUCUCCGCCUUCAUUAGAAGUCAUGGACGAAUGGAGGGCAGAGGAUUCCCCCUCGGAGGAGGAGGACUGCCUCAAGAGGUCGGAGACUGCGACCAUGGCCCCGAACGGGCACACCGCUCAGGCGGCAAAGGCACACGUAAA